AUGGCACCGCGCCGACGAGAAAUCCCCGCCGAGGGAUCAUGGCGCCUCGUCGACGGUGAAAACGACAGCUUCGACACAAGCAUCAUUGAUCCUCUGCCGGGAGAUGACUUCAGUCCGCCGUCAAGCGCCAUGCCCUCUUCCGGGUUCCCCACCCAGGAAUCCUUCUCCCAGAGUCAGAACAACAUGAGCUUCGCCUCUCAGGACAGCAUUCGUGACUUUGCCAAUUUCCAAAAUGACGAAGACGUCAUCUUGCGACAACCGUUCCGCCCCACGCUUCCCUCGAGUGCUGCUACAUCGAUGCAGCGUGCUUCAUAUCAGCAGUCCGAGGUGCAACUUCGAAUGCCUCUCGUCAAAGCCAAUAAUCUAGUUGCGAGCGAAGCCUCACGGACUGCCAGAACUACCGAUGACGAUAGCGAAGAGGGCAGCGUGUGGGAUUCCGAGAGGGAGCAGGACCCUGUCAAUUGGCACGAAGACUCGGAAAGAGAGUAUGCCAGGCUCUUGAAGCAGCAAAACGAGGCUUCGCUGAGCUGGCACCACGCCAAGCCAGGCUCAUCAGCGUCCAGUUCUUCCGAGAGGCUGCUCCAAGUCUUCCGCUACACCAUAAUACCCGUCGCAAUCGUCCUCGUUGCAUACCUCUUUCAUAUCAAUGGCAUCUCUGUUCAGGAUGCCCGCGACAAGGUCCAAUCUUUCUCGUUUACAUCUCUGCAAGAUAUCCCUGGUGUUUCCAACUUUCAAAUUCCAUUCUUCGAGGCCGAGACAUCUCAGCGUGCUGCUUCUUCUUCUAUCGAUUUCACAAGUCUCAUGGAGGUUCAAUCGGGAUUUGAAAGUGUACUGGAUAAGAGCGCAUAUGGCCUAUCCAUGCCUCUUGAGCUCAAGAGUUCAGAAAUGGCUACCCGAAACCUAAGAUCUCUCCUCAAAGAGGCCGAAAUCGCGACUAGAGAAGACUUCAUUUUAGAGCUCAACGGCUAUAUCGAAAAGGUUGGCAGAGCAGGUUCGGAUUUGCAGACAUUUUACAUCCACAUUGGGUCAACCGUUGAUUCCAUCAUCAACAUCAACCGCUGGACCCUACGCCACAUCAAUUCUCUAUCUAUAGAACCCGAGGCACCCUCAUUGCCUCCCGUCAUAGCUUGGGCCCUCCGGCCGCUGGGUCUCUUCAGAACUUCCGAACAAGCCGGAAACGAUCGGGCUCUGUUGGAUAAAUACUCUGAACAUGUCACUCUCGUUCAAGAGCGGUUGGGGAAACUCCUCGUUGAAGGGAAAGCCCUCUUGUUGCUCCUCCACCAGAGCCAGACACAGCUGGGCGUCAUCAACGAACAAGCCGAACAACUCCCUGGAGCAAGAACCGCCAAGCCCGACUCGCUGCUCUCAUCCAUCUGGGCCUAUAUCGGAAGCUUCGUGGAAGAGCCUCGCAAUUUCGAUGAGCAAAUCGUGCUGCUGAAGAAGGUGGAUGCGCAGUACUCCAACGUCAUCUCUCAUCUCCUCUCCCUGGUUGAGGAGCUCAAGGACAUUCAGCUGUAUCUGGGCGACUUGCUCAAUCGCAAUGAGGAUUCUUCUGAUGUUUGGGGAGAAGGGGCCGGAGCACCAGUUCAAACGACGCUGAGUGAGCAGUAUGAAGUCAUCAGGAAUGCAGUGGAGAGACUUGAGCACGCGAGAAGGAGGACCGCCGAGGGUGAGGCAGAAAGCGAGGCCCCAAGGGAAGCAGAGCACGAAACACAGAGCGAGGUACAGCACGAAACGCCCGGCGAAACAGAAGCCGAGACAAGCGGUGAUCAUAUUUGA